UUAGAGGUGAAAAUUAACGGAUCAUUAACAAUCAGACGUAAAAACAAAUAAAUAAUGAAAAAAGUGUCAUAUGAAAAUAAAAACAUGAUCAUUUUAAGGAAGUUAUUUAUUAGUGGUCUAUUAGCAUGAACGUGUAGGAAAUGUAGGUUUAAAUCAACCUGGCAACCUUGUACCGUCUGAUCUUCUAGCCUCUCGUGAAGACAGAAGCUGAAGUGUGUAGAUAUAGAUAUAUAGGUGUGUAUGUGUGUGUAGUGGAAGAGGGGGAACAUUCCGCUUUUGAAGAGAAACCCUGUCACACCUGGGAGACUGCUGAAGACUCAAAGACACAUUACAAAUGCGCGUGCACAAGAACGCCAUGUACAGUGGCCGAGGCUGCUGCAGUCACGUGACCUGCAUGGACUUUGGGUUCUGCUCAGGAUCCUGCUGUAUACAGAGGCAAAACAAACAAACAGUGGAAUAAAUAUUUGAUUCCUCUUUUUAAUAGACAUUACAUUCUGAAUAAUGGAAUUCAAACACCGAUAAGUUCGGCGAACUGCGGUGAUGGAUCCAGACGUUGUGAACAUGUUCAUCAUCGCUGGAGGCACCCUUGCAAUCCCCAUUUUAGCUUUCGUGGCUUCUUUUCUGCUUUGGCCUGCAGCGCUUUUCAAGAUUUAUUACUGGUAUUGGAGGAGGAGACUGGGGCUGCAGGUGGAUUAUGCAGAGCAUGACGGAUAUCGCUUCUGUUACACACACCGUGGGAAGCCCGGCAGUCGGCCUUCUAUACUUAUGCUUCAUGGCUUUUCUGCUCACAAAGACAUGUGGCUGGCUGUGGUGAAGUUCUUUCCAACCAAUGUGCAUCUGGUGUGUGUUGACAUGCCUGGCCAUGCGGGCACUACGCGCACUAGUGCAGUGGACUACUCCAUUGAAGGCCAGGUCAAAAGGAUACAUCAGUUUGUGGAAUGUGUUAAGCUGAAUAAGAAGCCUUUUCACCUGGUGGGUACAUCCAUGGGUGGUUGUGUAGCUGGGGUUUAUGCUGCUCGCUAUCCAUCUGAUCUGUCCAGUCUCACACUGAUCUGUCCUGCUGGUCUGAAAUGCCCCAAGGAGAGUGAAUUUGUGAGACGUUUGAGAGACUUGGAGAACAGCACAGAUGUCCCAAGAAUUCCUCUCAUCCCCUCGACUCCAGAGGAAAUGGAGGAUAUGCUGAAGCUUUGCUCUUUCGUGCGCUUUAAGAUCCCUCAUCAGAUCCUUCAGGGAUUGGUCAAAGUCCGUAUUCCACACAACAACUUCUACCAUGAGGUGUUCAUGGAGUUAGUAGGAGAAAAAUCCAGACACUGCCUGCAUGACAACAUGCACCUCAUUUCAACACCACUUCAAGUCAUUUGGGGGAAGCAAGAUCAGGUGCUAGAUGUAUCUGGUGCAUCUUUGCUGGCUGAUACUUUGCCCGGAUGUCAGGUCGAUCUGUUAGACAACUGUGGCCAUUCUGUGGUGAUGGAGCGUCCUCGGAAAACUGCUCAUCUCAUCAUGGACUUCCUCACGCGCCAGCAGAAUUGGGGAAGCGGUAGCAACAAAAAGCUCUCUUGAAACUACACUUAUAAUAUAAUUUGUAAGAAAUUUGUAAAUCUUAAGUGUAUUUUUCUAGCAAACCCUCAGGGACAGAUCACCAGGGUUAAAUUCACUCUUGUACUAUUUAAGACUUAGCAGAAUUAGAAUCAGAAGCACUGAAGAUUUUACUGUGAACUGGAAAAAACACAGGCACUAACAUUUUAAUGACAGUUUCAGGUUUUACCAAUUCAGAAAAUGCUCACAAAAAUACUAUAAUUACUUUUUAGAAGAAAUGUCAUGCAUUCUUUUAGGUAAUAGUGAAACACUGCAUGUACUUGUGUGUACCUUGUGUUGCAAAGCACUUUUUCAAGACUUCAUUGUAUGAAACAGCAUAAGGUUUUAAUCUGUAUGGUAUUUCUUCUGUGUUAAAACCCACAUAUAGAAGCUAACACAAGUGCUGAAAUAUAAUGGUGUAUUAUUCAUUUCCAUGUGAGAUGCACUGCACUCCUACACAACAUUGUUCUGAAUACUUAGUAAAAGUACUGAAGCUGUAACCAUAACACAUUUCUAAUACAAAAACAAAACUUUUUUUUUUUUUUACCCGUUAUUUAUACUGAUAAUGCCUGUUUACUAGGUACCUAGAUUCAGUAACUACUUAAACACCUUCCAUAUUAAUGUACCAUACAUGUAAAGUAAAUUAUGCAUUUCUUGUGCAUUUACUUAGUGUAUUUACCAAGUAAACUAGGUUUGGGUUGAGGGAUUUAUAGUCGCACCAACAACAGUCUUAUAGUUAGCUUGUAUAUGGUUCUACUGACAGAACGCUUCAUUAUAAAUGAUAAGCAUCCCUAGAUCUGAGCUCUGUCUUUCUGCACCUGUGGAUCAGUGAACAGGUAAGUAUGCGUCUCAGUCUGAUCACUGUUCAAGCCUGCGUUCAGAUGAGCCCAAAACUAAAAGGAACAAUUUUGCUUUAUGAGCACACAUCUUUGUCAGUAAUGGAUGUGAACUGGAAGAUAAAUCCAUCCUUGGUUUUGAGCUCUGACCGGGUAUUAUGUUGAAUGUAGUAUCGAAAGAUCACAUCAGUGCCCUUUGUUUUGGAUUUUUAACUUUCCAUUAACUCCACUAGAGGACUUGUGCUAUACCAUUAGAGAUAUCACCUUUUUAUAUUGUGAUAUGUAAAGGUGAAUAAACAUUUAAGAUUUGUAUUAGACCUUAAACUUUAGUUAUUUUGUCUGAAUAAAUGUUUUAAUUGAA